CGGAAGCGGGAGGCGAAGCCUCGCGAGGAUUGGUUUGCGCGCGGACUCUGAGUAAGGCAGGUCGGUGCCCCGGGCCCGCAGCAUCUGUCAGUCAUGGCGUCGGUGCCUCCGGAGCAGCGGCCCGCGGCGGCCCGGGCCCGGAACUUGCCCUGGGUUGAAAAGUACCGACCACAGACCCUGGCCGAUCUCAUUUCUCACCAGGACAUUCUGAGUAGCAUUCAGAAGUUCAUCAGUGAGGACCGCCUGCCACACCUACUUCUCUAUGGCCCUCCAGGGACAGGAAAGACAUCCACCAUCCUGGCCUGUGCCAAGCAGCUGUACAAAGAUAAAGAAUUCGGCUCCAUGGUCUUGGAGCUGAAUGCAUCUGAUGACCGAGGAAUAGACAUUGUCCGGGGGCCAAUCCUCAGCUUUGCCAGCACAAGGACAAUCUUCAAGAAAGGCUUUAAGCUUGUGAUCCUGGAUGAAGCUGAUGCCAUGACUCAAGAUGCCCAGAAUGCCUUGAGGCGAGUGAUUGAGAAGUUCACAGAAAACACCAGGUUCUGCCUCAUUUGUAACUAUCUGUCCAAGAUCAUCCCUGCCUUGCAGUCCAGGUGCACAAGGUUCCGAUUUGGCCCCCUGACGCCUGAACUCAUGGUUCCUCGCCUGGAGCAUGUAGUACAAGAGGAGAAUGUUGAUAUAAGUGAAGAUGGAAUGAAGGCCCUCAUCACUCUGUCCAGUGGGGAUAUGCGCAGGGCUCUGAACAUUCUGCAGAGUACCAACAUGGCCUUUGGAAAGGUGACAGAAGAGACCGUGUACACCUGCACUGGGCACCCCCUAAAGACAGAUAUCGCCAACAUUCUGGACUGGAUGCUGAAUCAAGACUUCACCACUGCCUACAGACACAUCAUGGAGCUGAAGACUCUGAAGGGCUUGGCUCUGCAUGACAUCCUGACAGAGGUUCACUUGUUUGUGCACAGAGUUGACUUUCCAUCUUCGGUUCGGAUACAUUUAUUAACCAAAAUGGCAGACAUUGAGUAUAGACUCUCCGUCGGCACCAGUGAGAAGAUACAGCUGAGCUCCCUCAUCGCUGCUUUUCAAGUCACCAGAGACCUGAUCGUCUCAGAGGCCUAGCAGAUCCAAGGCCUGAUGGCCCUGCCUCAGGCCCAUUGGUGACUAGAGGACAGAGGACUUGCUUACCGGUAUAGUACUACUGCCCUGUGCCACUGAAUAAAGCCGGUCACAGAAGUCUCUC